AAGCCAUGUCACAGCAGUGCUAACGAGGCUGGAAGCCAUAGUGGGCGCUUGCUGUGUUUCCCACCUUUCCAAAGCUCCACAUGCGCAUCCAAAAUACCCCCAUGUGCCCCAAUGGGUAUCCUUCCUCCCUCCCAAGGGACCCCUGCUCCCCACGGCGUGCUGGUGGCCGGCCAUGGCAGGGACCGGCCCUGCCGUGCCGUAUUAUUCAGCAUUUCCUGAGCCUGGCUUGCCAUCGUUAAUCAAGCUCUGCUGAAGGCAGGGCUAUUAAGCUUUUCACAAUCUUUUCUGUGAGGCUCCCAUAAAUACACACUGGUGAAGCAACGAUAGGCUUUCAUGGCACCUCUGUGAGAUGUGGAGAGGCAGAGAGAGAAUAAAUGUUUCUUCUUAUUUUUUGACAGCCUAAUUGUUUGCUUGGAGAGUCGGGUUUUCCAGCACAUGUAGUUUGUAUCACACCUUGACUUGGCUUGUAGCUGAGAGGCAAUCCGGGUGUUUGAGUCCGGAGCUGCAAUCCAGAAAAUGGAGAAUAGUCGCUGAUUGUCUGUGACAUGUCUGGCUUGGGUGGUGGGUGACAACGGGUCCAGCUCUGCAGGCAGAGCUCGCUCCUGCUGCCCAGGCUCUUUUCUGCAAGCCCUUGCAUCUCUGUUAGCAGCAAACCAGGGCAGAGGUUUCAAGACGGCCGCUGCUUCGGUCUCUGCAGCUCUGUUUCGCUCUGGGAGAGGCAAAGAUCCCUGGAGGAAAUCAGGCGUUUGCCUAACGAAGUGUGCAAUAAGGCACGUGAGUCACAUGGGCUUGGGGAGAGCAAACUGAGGUUUUUACGAGUGUUCUCAACCCUGGCACUUCCUUAUUAUCUGAGGGUUUGGCUCUGAGAUUUGUAGUUCCAGGGUAGGAUACAAGCUAUAAAAACGCUCAAGUGAAGCGAGUUAUUUUCUCUGCUUCCCCCAGCUGCGGUGUGUCAGGCAGCAUCGCCUGCUGGCCUCGUCAGCAGGACCGGCACCAGCAGCACUGUCCUGCGCCUGUCCCAGGCGAGCAGUGGGGAGGGCAAGGGGCUGCUGGCUUUGCUGGCCCCCAGCUGUGGGGCACAAGCUCUGCCUGUGAUUGCACGGCAGCAGAACACCUGGGGCUCUGGGCUGUGGUUUCCAUCUGUGUGGGAAAGGGCAUCACGCUCUUUUAUCUUCCCCACAGUUUCAUCCUUUUUGUCUUGUCUUUCUCUGGUCCCCUCUUGGUUUAAUUUGGCAGCGUCAGCCUCCACUUUGGCUGGGCAUAGUGGGUGGCCAGCUCCAGCCCGGCCCCUGUGACUGAUAUUUUACAGAAGCUUCUGACCUGGAUUUUGGGGGAAUCCAACCUCCUGCAUGGGAAAGCACUCCUUGAGCAGACACGAGGCCACACAUGUGACUCCUGCAGGAGAGGUGGCAGGUGCCAGCCUGGAGGGGUGUCGUCCUCCCUCCCAAGGGCUGGGGGGCCAUAGUGGCAAAGCCGGGAGCCUCUGAAAGGAGGAGGACCACAGCCAGCCCUGGAGCCGGGGGAUGCGUUUGGGAUGCCAGCACGUGGAGCUGCACAAGCGCAUGGGCAAAGCUGCCUGCGGAUGGGUGGACUGGGCCACGUGUAUUUUGGGUAGUGCUGAAGGUCCUUGGUGGGACAAGCAGCACUUGGGGUAUUUGUGGUAUCCCCUGGCUUCCUUCAUUCCACAAAUCCUCAGGAGCCCCUUCAGCUUUAUGGCUUCCCUGGGGCGGAGGAGGAAGGCCUGGGGGCGGAGGAGCAUUCCUGCGGGCUGAGCUAAUGCGGCUUGCGGAGCCCCGGCCGCCCUGGCCUGCUUUCCUCUGGGCAACUGGCUUCCGAGAGCAGCGGGGGGGUGGGAGCGAGGAGGAACAUCCUCAAACAUGACGUAGCCAAAGAGAGUCGCAGUUUCUAGCGAUGACUGACUUCUCCUACAAGGAAGGAAGUGAGAAACUGAAGUAGCCAUUAGCGAUGAUUUAAUAAAUUGGUACAAAGCGUACUGCUGGAAAAGUACUCAUGUGUCAUUCGGUGUUAUCAAUAAUUCAGAUAUCUUCAGUCUAGUGAACAAAGCGUACUUAACAUUUUACUUCCCUUGCUAAUUGUGCUUUUCACCUAAUUUGGAAGUUGCCAGUUAGUAGUGACUCUUGCUGGUGGUGUGGUAAGCUGCUACUACUAUUUUAUUUUUUUUUUCACUAUAUGAAGUCUGAUAAGUGUGGUCAUUUUGCUAAAUAGUGGGGGAAAAAGGCUUUUAUAGUUGAAAAGAGACAGGCUGGAUCUGGGUCUGAAGUGAGAUAUUGCACUGUUUGGCUUUUUCUGUUUUCCUAGGGAAAAAAGUUAAUUCCCAUCAUAGGUUUUUUUUUCCUUAUUUUUCUGGAACUCGGUGAUCUACUCUUAAAUGUCAGGUAAUAUAGCGCACAAGUUUUGAAUCCUUUCUGAACUCCCAUUCUUUUCUCCUGUCCUUUCUCAUCAAGUGCAUGGCAGGACAGGAGAAAUCAGCUGAAAGUCCAAGGGUAAUUAUUGCUGGCUGGCAGCACGGCUGGGGCUCCCUCCUGCGUGGCGUGGCCGUGCUGGGGGAGCUGGAGGACGUGCAUGCUGCCUGCUCACUGGGAAGAUUACAUUUCAAAAAUGAGUCCUUAGUGCUGGCAUCCAGCUUGGCCUUCUGAUGCAGGGGUGUCAAGCCUCGCUUAAUUCUGGGCUGGGAGAGAAAUCCCUAAGUGGAAGGAAAGCCUUGAGGAGCUAUUCCGAAACUCUUCUGUCGCCGACCCGAUCCCGCAAUGGUGGAAGGAGAAGUAAUUCUCAGGCGGGCUCCCUGCCACUGCCCCGAGGUGUGUUGUUUGCACUUCUUGGGUACUGGUUGGUGUGUGCUGGUGGGUACCAAGCCCUGCAUGCUGUGUGUAGUGCCUGACCGAAGGGAUUUGGUGUGUCCCCUGCGGUGUUGAGUCUGAUUUCCAGCAGCUCCCGAAAAGGCCACUAAAUAGAGGUUGGCAGCAAUAGGUGAGACUAGUGGAAGAACGAGAAGAGACUGAGUUGUGAUUGAACCAGGCGAUUUUGGAGGGUGUCUGAGGAUGGGUGAGGAGGGCCCUCCCAGUUUGGAGUAUAUCCAGGCCAAGGACUUGUUUCCCCCGAAAGAGCUUGUAAAGGAGGAAGAGUCAUUGCAGGUCCCAUUCACUGUGUUGCAGGGCGAGGGAGUGGAGUAUCUUGGCCAUGCAAAUGAUGCUGUGAUCGCCAUCUCCAACUACCGGCUUCAUAUCAAGUUCAAGGAUUCUGUGAUCAAUGUGCCUUUGAGGAUGAUGGAAAGCGUGGAGUGUCGGGAUAUGUUCCAGCUUCACAUCGUCUGCAAGGACUCCAAAGUGAUCAGGUGCCAUUUUUCCACCUUUAAGCAGUGCCAGGAGUGGCUAAAGAGGCUAACUCGAGCCAUUGCCCGCCCUGCUAAGCCUGAGGACCUCUUUGCAUUUGCCUAUCAUGCGUGGUGCUUAGGAGUCUGUGUUGAUGAGGAGGAUCAACAUGCACAUCUCUGCCGUCCAGGAGACCAUGUGAGAUACCGAUUUGAGAUGGAGCUGGUGAGGAUGGGCUUUGACUUGCAGAACGUCUGGCGCGUCUCUGACAUCAACAACAAUUACAAGCUUUGUUCCAGUUAUCCCCAGAAGCUGCUGGUCCCUGUCUGGAUCACCGAUAAGGAGCUAGAGAACGUGGCUUCGUUUAGGUCAUGGAAAAGGAUCCCUGUGGUGGUGUACAGACACGUGCGCAAUGGGGCGGUGAUUGCACGCUGCAGCCAGCCUGAAAUCAGCUGGUGGGGCUGGCGAAACGCUGACGACGAGUAUCUUGUGACAUCUAUUGCCAAAGCCUGUGCCUUGAACCCUGGAGUAAAGGUACCUGGUGGCAUGCCGCACAACGGGAGCAGCGACGGCAGCGAGGCCUGCGAUGCCGACUUCGACUCGUCCCUCACCGCAUGUUCAGGUGUGGAGAACGCAGGAACUCCUCAGAAGCUGCUGAUUCUUGAUGCCAGGUCCUACACUGCGGCUGUGGCCAACAGAGCGAAGGGAGGCGGCUGCGAAUGUGAAGAGUAUUACCCAAACUGUGAAGUCGUGUUCAUGGGCAUGGCCAACAUCCACUCCAUCCGCAACAGCUUCCAGUACCUGCGUGCGGUCUGCAGCCAGGUGCCAGACCCCAGCAACUGGCUUUCAGCCCUGGAGAGUACCAAGUGGCUGCAGCACCUCUCUGUCAUGCUGAAGGCAGCGGUGCUGGUCUCCAAUGCGGUUGACAGAGAAGGGCGCCCGGUGCUGGUUCAUUGCUCCGAUGGCUGGGACAGGACUCCGCAGAUUGUAGCGCUGGCAAAGAUUCUUCUGGACCCUUACUACAGGACCAUGGAGGGCUUCCAGGUGCUUGUGGAAUCAGAUUGGCUGGAUUUUGGUCACAAGUUCGGGGAUCGCUGUGGUCACCAGGAGAAGGUGGAAGAUCAGAAUGAGCAGUGCCCAGUUUUUCUCCAGUGGCUGGAUGCCGUUCAUCAGCUUCUGAAGCAAUUUCCUUGCCUCUUCGAAUUUAACGAAGCUUUUUUGGUGAAGCUGGUACAGCACACGUAUUCCUGCCUCUACGGGACCUUCCUGGGGAACAGCCCCUGCGAGCGAGAGAUGCACAACAUCUACAAGCGUACCUGCUCUGUGUGGUCCCUCCUGCGGGCUGGCAAUAAGAACUUCCACAAUCUUCUCUAUAUGCCAGGCUCGGAGCAGGUGCUGCACCCAGUGUGCCACGUGCGAGCGCUGCACGUCUGGACAGCAGUGUAUCUCCCAGCUUCCUCGCCCCAUCCCCUGGGACAGGAUGAUAUGGAUAUUUACCUGCCCCCUGGAUCUCAGAGCCAGGAGUUCAGUGGCAGAUGUCUGGACAGAUUACCAAAGACAAGAUCUAUGGAUGACCUGCUCUCAGCCUGCGACUCCAGCAGCCCGCUGACCCGCACCUCUAGUGAUCCCAACCUGAAUAACCACUGCCAGGACGUCCGGGUGGGGCUGGAAGCCCGGCACGCUGCCGCUGAGGGAGCUGAGCUGCACUUGGGCGAAGGCAGCGCAGUGGCUGCGGGAGAGACACGGCAGGUGGAGGAGCAAGAGGAAAACGCUCCACUGCAAGCCAGCAGCGCUUGUAGCAGCCGUGCUGAGCACGAAGGGCACAGCAGGCAACUGAGCAGCUGGGCUUCUGUGCCAGCGGGCAGUGUCUCUCUGGAGGCAGAAAAGGGAAACGGAACACACAUGGAGGAAGUGGAUGGUACGUCUCCAGCUCCAAAUCCUUCCGGACAGGAAAAUGUUGACAAGGUUUCCAGCAGUUCCGGAAAGCAGUUAGAAACCGGUCCCCAGGAACUUCUGAAGGCUACUGGCAUGGUGUCCAAUGGAGGAGGCUGCCCCAAGAGAAACACCUGCCAAGACAUUCCUAGCCAGGAGGCCCUGGCACCAAGCACCCCUUGUCAGGACAUCCCAGGCCCUGCCCCGGGCAUCCCCUGCCCAGAUGAAGACAGCAGCAAAGGUGAUGCUGGAAGGAAUGUGCCCUGCGAGGAGCCUGGCCGGCUGGGGAGAGUCCCGCUAGAGCAGUGGCACAAGCCUAUUUCCCAGAGCCAAAGCAGCGAGUUCUCCUUCCUGGGGUCCAACUGGGACAGUUUUCAAGGAAUGGUGACAUCGCUCCCGAAUGGGGAGCCUGCGCCCAGACACCUCCUCUCCUACGGCUGCUGCAGCAAGAGGUUGAGCAGCAAAGCGCUGCGGGCGCCAGGCCUGUGCCUCAGUGGCCAGUGGGCUGCCAGAGAAGGUGCGAAACCCUCAGCCUGCUCUGGCCACGUCAGCACGCAUUUUGCAGGCCCCGUGGGGAAGCCCAGCCGUUCGUGGCUACCCUACCACCUGAAACAAGCGUCUGGUCCCAAGCACGUGCCGCCAAAAUGUCCUUCUCCUGUGCCUCCUCUCUACCUGGACGACGACGGGCUCCCCUUCCCCACGGACGUGAUUCAGCACCGGCUGCGGCAGAUCGAGGCCAGCUACAAGCAGGAGGUGGAGCAGCUGCGCAGGCAGGUGCGGGAGCUGCAGCUGCGCCUGGACAUCCGCCACUUCUGCGCCCCUCCGGCCGAGCCGCCCAUGGACUACGAGGAUGACUUUACAUGUCUGAAGGAAUCGGACGGCAGCGACACUGAGGAUUUCUGUUCCGAUCAUAGCGAAGAUUGUUUGUCAGAAGCGAGCUGGGAGCCUGUUGAUAAGAAGGAGACUGAGGUCACACGGUGGGUUCCGGACCACAUGGCCUCGCAUUGUUUUAACUGUGAUUGUGAAUUCUGGCUGGCCAAACGGAGGCAUCACUGCAGGAACUGUGGGAAUGUGUUUUGCGCUGGUUGCUGCCACCUGAAGUUGCCCAUCCCUGAUCAGCAGUUGUACGACCCUGUCCUCGUUUGUAACUCCUGUUAUGACCACAUCCAAGUGUCUCGUGCCAGGGAGCUCAUGAGCCAACAUCUGAAGAAACCCAUUGCCACAGCUUCCAGCUGAAUGCCAGACAAAGGACCUGUCGAAGCCCAGCCUUUUCUCUCGUGGGUUUGAAGGGUGACUCUGCCUCCACUGUAAUUGUGAAGGCCGUUGGUGCAACACUUGAACACCAAGCUUGAAUGCGCUGUCUUCAGCAGUCUUACUGUCAGUCCGGAGCAGAGGAGCUCAGAUUAGAGUAUGGUGUGUGUGUCCCCACUCUGGUACCAGUGGGCCCGUACAUUUAGUCUGACGACCUAGGGCUACAGAGGGGAUUGCGACCUCUGUCUUUUGUGGGCUGGAAAGCAAUGUUUUCACAGAUAUUGCCUGUGCAAAGUACCCCCAAAGCAAUAGAAAGGCAUGUUUAGAACCAUCUCCCCCUACCAAGGCAGGCUGCUGUACGAGACGGAAGCGGGCAGACUCCGGGUGGUGCCGUGUGCUUUGGAAGGGCCUCAGCCUGGAGCAGUUCUGUAGAUUCUCUUUCCAUGAGUGUGAUUUGCGAUCAGCUUGGUGAACAAGACUCAUUAGCCAUCACUAAUUGAUUUUUUUUUUUUUUUUUCUCUUGAGCGUUGAAGAGAAGUUCAUUCUGGCUGAAAACGGGCCAAGCAGCUUUUGCCCGUUUUCACGCUCCGCUAGAAUCGGUGAACGCACUUGACUCUGCCCCUGCCCACCCCCGUACUGCAGGGCCAGGGGAGAUCGGCUUUUUCACUUCUGCUCUGCCCGUCUGCUUUGUCUGCGGUAGUGUCACGGCCUGGUGCUAGCACAGGAGUGGCACCCUGAUCCUCUCCUGGCAUGGAAACAGAACUCGCCGUCCUGUGUUGCUCCUCCUCCCCUUUUCCGCCCUCAGCUCUCCACUUCCUACUGCUCUUUAUUAUCCUGAAAACUUGAUACCUUGAGGGUAUAGGCCAUAACGUGUUGUUUUACCUCCUGGAAUGUGCUGUCUGGUGUAUGUGAGGGUUUCAGUCCAAAUGCUGCUAUAUAUUUCUGUGCACUUAAUGUAACCCGAAGAAGGGAGAAUGAAGCAUCGAUACCAAAAUGGGGGUGGGGAAGGACACUGGCUGACAGAGACACUAUGGUCUGUGCUUUUCACUUUAGGAUGUAUAACCAAGCUACAGCGAUAAACACGGCACGUUCAGUGGUGGAAACAAUCUCUCUGACUCGCCCCAGCGCUACCUAAAAUGCCUCUCGAAUUUGACUUCUUUUUUUGUCUCCUGUACAGCGGUCAAAGUUCAGAGUUGCCAACUUGUAAUUGCCUCUUUAAACUAGAGCAGGAAUCCCAACUCAUUCUAAGGAAAAGGAACUGGGUUUAGAAAGAAAGAAAGGUUUAGAAAGAAAGUGGGCUUUGGGUGGGCCUUUAAAACCCUGGAUCCCUUGGGGGAGUAUCCAUCCUGCCUCCUUUCUAAGAAAUCUGUGGCUAUUAAUGAGGAAGAAGGGUUUGGAAGUGGGGCAUUUCUUUGCAGAAAUGCAGGUUUUCUCUCCAGCUAACUGAACACAGCUGGUGUAUUCUGCACCUCCUGAGACCUGUGAGGACAUUUGGUUUGCUAACAAGGCAAAGUACUUGACACUGUUUGGUCUCCCCAGUUUUUUGCUAACGGUUUGUCAUCUCCGUCGGAGGGAACGGAACAAUGACCCUUUCCUGCACUGUGGUAUGUCAGCCUCUGGUGUUGUGAAUCCCAAUAGUGCGAGCAAAGCUAGCAUCAUCGGAAGACCCUGUACUUACUUGGACUCUGCUUCUUUUCCAUACUGGGAACAACCAAUAUGGCUUUGGGAAGAGAAGGCACCUUGCUUCAGAUUCUCCCCUGCCUUGUACCUUGCAGUCAUUGCCCGACAUGGAAGAGUGACCCUUGGGCUGGCAGAAGAAACUGGAUCCGCUCCUGUUUUCCACGUGUUGGAGUGACUGCAAGCAAUAAGGAAGCCAGAAACUAGGUACUCCUGGCCCUUCCGUUCAGGCCACUAGUUCAAACUGCUUUUAGCUCUUGUGAGUUUCAGCGUCACAAUGUGCUGGCCAAAAAAAACUCUAAAAUCAGUUCGAUAGCAUUGUGACAAACAAAAUGUGCUGUACAACUCAAUACAGUUGAAAUAAAAUCUCUAUAUUAG